AUGAGUACCACUGCAACAGAUCCCUCAGUUCAACCUGGACACGGUGGACAUGGUGGUCAAACACAAACUGGCACUCAACUUCCUGUUCAGCCUGGACAAGGUAGUCAAGGUGGUCAAUCACAAACUAGCUCUCAACUUCCUUGCUCAUCAGCGGAUCCUUCUACAAGUACUACUGCAACGGAUCCCUCAGUUCAGCCUGGUCAAGGUAGUCAAGGUGGUCAAUCACAAACUGGCACUCAGCUUCCUGGCUCAUCAACGGAUCCUUCUACAAGUACUACUGCAACGGAUCCCUCAGUUCAGCCUGGACAAGGUGGUCAAUCACAAACUGGCACUCAACUUCCUGGCUUAUCAACGGAUCCAUCAACGGCAACAAAUCCCUCAGUUCAGCCUGGACAGUGUGGUCAAGGUGGUCAAACACAAACUGGUACUCAACUUCCUGGCUCAUCAACAGAUCCUCCUACAAGUACUACUGCAACGGAUCCCUCAGUACAAGCUAGUCAAGGUGGUCAAGGUGGUCAAUCACAAACUGGCACUCAACUUCCUGGCUCAUCAACGGAUUCUUCUACAAGUACUACAGCAACAGAUCCCUCAGUUCAGCCUGGUCAAGGUGGUCAAGGUGGUCAAACACAAACAGGCACUCAACUUCCUGGCUCAUCAACAGAUCCUUCUACAAGUACUACUGCAACGGAUCCCUCAGUUCAGCCUGGUCAAGGUGGUCAAGGUGGUCAAACACAAACUGGCACUCAACUUCCUGGCUCAUCAACGGAUCCUUCUAUGAGUACCACUGCAACAGAUCCCUCAGUUCAACCUGGACACGGUGGACAUGGUGGUCAAACACAAACUGGCACUCAACUUCCUGGCUUAUCAACGGAUCCUUCUACAAGUACUACUGCAACGGAUCCUUCAGUUCAGCCUGGACAAGGUAGUCAAGGUGGUCAAUCACAAACUAGCUCUCAACUUCCUUGCUCAUCAGCGGAUCCUUCUACAAGUACUACUGCAACGGAUCCCUCAGUUCAGCCUGGUCAAGGUAGUCAAGGUGGUCAAUCACAAACUGGCACUCAACUUCAUGGCUCAUCAACAGAUCCUUCUACAAAUACUACUGCAGCGGAUCCCUCAGUACAGGCUAGUCAAGGUGGUCAAGGUGGUCAAUCACAAACUGGCACUCAACUUCCUGGCUCGUCAUCCGAUCCUUCUGUAAGUACUACUGCAACGGAUCCCUCAGUUCAGUCUGGACAAGGUAGUCAGGGUGGUCAAACACAAACUGGCACUCAACUUCCUGGCUCGUCAACGGAUCCUUCUGUAAGUACUACUGCAACGGAUCCCUCAGUUCAGCCUGGUCAAGGUAGUCAAGGUGGUCAAUCACAAACUGGCACUCAACUCUUUGGGUCGUCAACGGAUUCUUCUACAAGUACUACUGCAACGGAUCCCUCAGUUCAGCCUGGACAAGGUGGUCAAGGUGGUCAAUCACAAAGUGGCACUCAACUUCCUGGCUUCUCAACGGAUUCUUCCACAAGUUCUACUGCAACGGGUUCCUCAGUUCAGCCUGGACAAGGUGGUCAAUCACAAACUGGCACUCAACUUCCUGGCUCAUCAACUGAUCCUUCCACAAGUUCUACUGUAACGGAUCCCUCAGUUCAGCCUGGUCAAGGUGGUCAAGGUGGUCAAUCACAAACUGACACUCAACCUCCUGUCUCAUCAACGGAUCCUUCUGCAAGCACUCUUGCAACGGAUCCCUCAGUUCAGACUAGUCAAGGAGGUCAAACACAAACUGGCAUUCAACUUCCUGGCUCAUCAACGGAUUCUUCUACAAGUACUACUGCAACGGAUUCCUCUGUUCAGACUAGUCAAGGAGGUCAAACACAAACUGGCACUCAACUUCCUGGCUCAUCAACGGAUUCUUCUACAAGUACUACUGCAACGAGUGCCUCAGUUCAGAAUGGUCAAGGUGGUCAAUCACAAGCUGGCAGUUAUGUUCCCCCCUCACCGGUGCUUACUGAUCCGAUUUCGAAUAGUGAGGAGGAUGAUGAAAGCCUUGAGUCUGACACCCACACGAUCAAACAGAAUAACAUCGAAACUAUGACGCAAAAUAUAUAUUGGGAUGGCAAUAUCGGUGUGGACGAAAAUAGUUCGGAUGAAGAAGCAAAACUUCAAGUGAACCUUUUUAAAGCUUAUGCUAAUCAACAAAAGUCCGUAAAGCUGACAAACUCUAUCAAUAAAAAAUAUUCUAAGGAAGGCGGUGAUAUUAGUUUGUUAAACUCUAAAGAAAUUAUUAAAAUAAAAUUAAAUUCUCCAGCUUCAAAAACACAGCAGGGAAUUUUGAAUAAAAGUGAUUUAGAUUCGUCUGAGAAAUUGGAAAAAAUUGAGUCUGAGAAUAAUCAAAGUUCAACAAGAGAGGAAGAGAAUACUGAAUCUGAACAAAAAGACUUAGUUGACUCUAAAGAACUGAAGAAACUUAUCAAGAAGUAUGUCAAACAUUUGAAAAAUGAAAAGGACUGUGAUGAUGAUGACAUAUAUCCAGAUUAUCUAGAUUGUAAGCGAUAUUAUAGAUGUGUGGAAAAGUCAGAUGAAAUUGAAUUCAAGCAUAUGUAUUGCAGUGGUGAUACGCUAUUCGACAGCAAAACGCUUAAAUGUGUUAAAAACGAUAAAGCCAAAUGCUUUACAAAAUACGAUUUAAUGAAAAAAUUCUCGUAACUGAAACAAAAAUUAAUGUUCUCUUAAUUUUUUUUUUCAAA